AUGGGAAGCAGUAGCCUAGUUCAAUUCCUCAAAAAGCUCCGAAUUAUUCACUCAAAAACAUCAAAAAAACACAAGGAAUUAAUCCGAAUUUUAGAUUCUAUUGAUAUGUGUCAAUUACCUGUAAAUUUAACUUAGGAUUAUCCUAACAAAAUUGCAGUAAGCUCCAAUUCUUUAUCAAAAUUUGCAGAGACCGCUAAUGAUCUUUAUGAGAAUGAAACAGAAACAAGCGAAAUCUUAGAUGCCUUUGAAGAAAAAAUACUAGAAAUUGGAAAAAUCAAACGAGUUGCCAAAGGCUUAAAGCAGCAUUUAGAUCACAUGAAGGAAAGAAUUAAAAGAGACAAUAAAACCAUUUCAAAUAUUGGCAAACGAAUCUCUUCAAUUUUAAAAGAAUACCGUGAGAGAUGCCAUGGAAGCUACGUUGAAUUUUUAAAAUCAGUAGACUUAGACCUCCGAAGAAUUCUAAAGCCACUUGUCCCUAACAAAGUGAUUGAUGAAAAUGUGCAUUUUCCUAUGAUGAACCCAAAUUUAAGCUUAAUUGCUUCGUUUGAGUCAUCAAAAGUAUCUAAGGCUAAAGAUGAAGAUAUUGGUGACGAAUUAGCAGAAGAUACAGAAACAGAGUCAGAAGACAAAGACAAAACAAUUGAAAAACUUCACGAGCAUGUAAGUAUGCUUAUAAACACACUAGAAUCCGUUGCAAAAGAACUUAUUAAUAUUCUUGCUGACACAAAUUCAAAAUAUUAUGAAAUUGUUAACCCCAACAUUCUGUCUCUGAACCCAAAAACUCCUCUAGCAAAGCCUCUGCCUGAAUAUUUUACUUUUGAUAUGGAAGAACCUGAGGAUGCACCAAAGAUUAUGCAGGUACAAAAAGAUGCAUUAAAUAGGUUGAAAUCGAGGCUGAAUGAGCUUAUAAAUAGUUGCGAUUUGUCAAAGGAACAGGCUAAAGUUUUUGAGGAAAAACUUAACAAAAUGGAUAAGGAAGGGAAAACUGAUAUUCAUGAAAUUUUUAAAGAUUCAGAUGUUCCAAUUAGCAAAAGGGAGGAAAUUGUUUUUAAAUUAAUCGAUUCAGGAAGAGAGGCUAGUAAAGAUGUGGAUAUUAAUGAUAUGCUUUCUGUUUGCUCAGUAAAAAAUUUACACAGAAAAGAGUCAAUUAAUAAAUUUUCAAAGCUAAAACUUCCUCCUUCAAAUGAAAAAGUAACCAAAAGGAAAAAUACUGAGCUAGACCCAAGAAGAGCUUUGACGCCUACCCCAGCUGAAAAUGGAUUCCACACACCUCAAAUAGAAUCAGAAAAAAAAGAACGAUUUUUCUUACAAAGGGCUUCCAAUCCAGCAGAAAUUAAAGAUUCUGAUUUAUUAAGCAAUGAUAGAUCUGUGCCAAAAAUACAGAAAAAUAAAGAAAUUAGAGUGAGAUCUACGACGCCAACAUUUACAAAGAAAAAACAGCAGUUUAAAACAGGGAUUUCGCUGUCUCGAAAAAAAAUUGCAAACAAGUCUUAA